GGCCGCCCACGUGCGUCUUCCUCCUCCUCCUCCUCGUGGGCGUCGCUUCCCCGACGUCUGUCCUCCUCAGCCCGUCCUCGCCUCGCUUCAACGCCCACGCCCGCAACCUCUCCUUUUUCUCCGAAGACAACAGCUAUGACGCCCACUACGACGACGACGACGGCGGCGACGGGCGGUGGGCGGCGGCGGCCACGACCUUCUUCGUUCAGAGGCGCGGGCGGGUUCUUCCUGGACGACUUCGAGGCGGUUACCAGGUCAGAUACUCUGGAGUGCCCGAGUGCCAACGUCAUCACAACCCGCUACAAGUGCCAGGUCAAAGACAAGUGGGUGGACUGCUUCCGAAGGCACUGCUGCCAGGGAUACAACUUCGUGGCCGGAAGAUGUCUGCCCGACUCAAUGGACCCUUGUUCCCAAAAUUUCUGCGAGCAAAAGUGUUCUGUAUUUUUUGGCCGCGUUAUCUGCACGUGUUUUUCGGGCUACAGAUUCAGCCCCGAGAACCACAAGCGGGGGAUAAAACCUGUUUGUUUGGACGUCGACGAGUGUGUUGGCCAGAACGGGAACUGCGAACACAUCUGCAUCAACGAACCGGGCACGUUCCGCUGUGCGUGUCGAGAAGGAUACAGGCUGCGUGGAGAUAACAGCACCUGUGAACUGGCAAGCGAGGGCGGGGCCGUCCCCACCCCUGACCAGUGGCGCGGUCCGACUCCUGCUGGCUCCGCCCACAUCCAGUCUUCAGACUCCGCCCUUCAGUGCUCCGCCUCCUGUUCUUCUGUCGGAAGUUUGGAACACAAAAUAAGGAACUUGGAGGAAAGGAUCGUGGCGCUGAGCACGGCGGUGAGGCUGUACAGUUUCGCCGCUGGUCCCCCGGGGCCUGAGGGUCCCCCCGGCCCCCCUGGUUCCGUCGGGCCGAGAGGCUUUCCAGGCCCCGCCGGACAGCCCGGGGCGCCCGGACCCAAGGGGGACAUGGGACCCAAGUGGUCCGGCCCGCCGCCCGCGCCGCCCACGCCCGCGUCGCCGAAAGCUGGUCCGACGGCGGCGACUCCGGAAGAAGCCGCAGACGAUCCCUUCAGCGAGAACGACCUCCCGCUCGACUCGUGGACCGUCGUCAAGCACCGCGGGGGAAAGAAGCAGUUCUGCAGAUGCCGCAGGGGCGCCGUGGGCCCCCCGGGAGCCCAGGGCAAGACGGGCCCCCGAGGGCUCCGCGGGCUCCGAGGGCCGGAAGGGAAGAAGGGCGAGCCGGGCUCCUUCGACUUCCUCCUUCUGAUGAUCGCCGACGUCAAGCACGACAUCCAGAAGCUGCAGCAGAAGGUCUUCACGGAGGAGGAGAUGCCUGAGCCGUACGACCUGGCGGGCGCCAUCACCGCCUCCGGCUCCGUGACCAGCCAGCAGUACCACUCUCAGUUGCAGGAGCUUCUGACCGAGGAAGUCGACAACCGGAUCUUCGGCGCCGCCAGACGACUCGAGCCUGUGCUGAAGGUCGUUGAUACCACGGACGAUCAGGAGAGCUCAGACACUUCGAGCUCCGGUAGUCCCAGCACUCUGGCGACCCAGGAGGAAGAGGAGGAGGUGGAAGGGGCGGCCGAGGAGGAAGAGCCACACCAUGAUAUGAACGCCAACAUCACUGACGACUCGCUCUAUGAGGACGACAUCCCUCUGUACGACUACCCGCUUGAAGUGGAGCCAACGUACCUCACGGAUUACGCCGCGGUGUCGAACGACCCUCAGGAGACAACCCACGACCGAUACGGCGCACUCGAUGGAACCGAUUCCGGCGACCCUCGGGCAGCGGCGACAAGAGAGCAACAGACACUCGUCGACGACACUCCCGCGCUGCAACACUACGGGUCCUUCUCCAGACAGGCCUCGAACGCCUCGGUUGAACGAGCCUCCGGAGACGCUCGAAGUGCUCGGGACGGGCGAUCCGACGACCCCACAAUGAGCCCCGGUGACGGAGACGGCGUGCAGCCUGUGACCUACGACGCCGAGGCUCUGAGGGCGUCGCUGGAUAGCCUGAAGACGGACUACGGCCUCCUCGAGGAGGGCGAGGAGACGUUGCCGACAGAAGGACAUUCCGACCAGUCCUCCUUCGAGAGGCGAGAAGGUGAAGGAAAAGGGCAGGAAGCGGAGGAGGAGGAGGAGGAGAGCGACCAGUUCGCGAUGCCUCCGUCUCAGGAACUUGUCAUCGACGAUGAGCGACGGAGACGAGCCGCCUUCGCCUCCGCGUCGCUCCCUCACGAAGGGGGACAGAAAGCGCAUUCGAGAGAACGAGAAGCUGGUCGACAUCCUGGAUGACAUCCUAAAGGACAUAGAAGCUAACGUCGGGAAGUUCCAAGAGCGCUCUACCAGGUCCGUGACGCAAGGAGGCUCCCGCCAAGAUUCUCUUCCUCUGUCUCCACACCUCGCCCUUCGUCCUCCUCCCCCUCCUCCUCUCCGUUAUCGUCCGCACCCAAUCAACAAUCCUUCCAGCGAGAGCUACGACAGUAAAGCCAUCGAAGAGGAGUCCAACUUCGAUGUCGUCCUUCGGAGUAACCCAGAGGCAGCCUCGGGGUCCGACGGCGCUCCUGCAGGUCCUUCUGAAGGCAGACCGACAGGCGGCGACUGGAGACCGACGUUGGAUUGAAAAGGAGUGUUCAAAUAGCACCUCUAGUUCUAUAUAAUUAUUAUCAAUAUACCCUAAUAACCCCCUA